AUGGGGCUCCAUGGAGACGGCGGGGACCCGGCUCCGGGGCGGGCAGCCCGGGCGGGGCCGCGGCACUCCCGGGGCCUCCUGGGCAGCGUCGCCGUGUUCGCCGUCGUGGCCACCGUGUUCACGCUCACGCUGCCCCCGUCGGUGCCCGGGGGAGACUCGGGGGAACUGAUCACCGCCGCCUCUGAGCUCGGAGUUGCCCAUCCUCCUGGCUACCCUUUGUUCACACUGAUGGCAAAACUGGCCAUUAUCCUGUUUCCUUCUGGCUCCGUUGCCUACAGGGUCAAUCUUCUCUGUGGCCUGUUCGGAGCAGUCGCUGCAGCCUUCCUCUUUUUCACCGUUUUCAGGCUUUCUGGCUCGUGUGCCGGAGGAGUCCUUGCUGCGGGGGUGUUUUCCUUUUCCCGGCUCACGUGGCAGUGGUCCAUCGCAGCAGAGGUUUUCAGCUUAAACAAUCUGUUUGUGGGGCUGCUUAUGGCGCUGACAGUCCAUUUUGAGGAGGCAGCGACUGCACAAGAGAGAUCAAAGGUAGCUAAAAUUGGUGCCUUUUGCUGUGGCCUUAGCUUAUGUAAUCAGCACACAAUUGUGCUCUAUGUUCUGUGCAUAAUUCCGCGGAUUCUCUUGCGACUUUUAAGAGAGAAGGCAAAAUCAGAGAUCGGAUCCAGUAUGUCUAAGAUAUUGCUUUCUCAGGUGACAAGCAUGAGGACAGAGCUCUCGUUCAACAUUCAAGCCCUGGCGGUUUGGGCAAAUCUAUGCUCAGCCAGAAAGGAACUUCCCACUUCCUGCUUCAGCCAGGACUCAUCCACACAGCAAGACAGCGAUCACGGUGAACCCCACGAACCCAAGGUAGAGCGAUUCUGGCUGCAGAGCAACGCGGUGGUGGCCGUCCUGGCUGGCGUCGGCUUGGCCGCACUUGUGUCUGAGAGUCAGCGUGUGCUGAAGAACAGCCUGGGACUGCGGUGCCUGGAGUGGCUUUCUGCCGCGAUGUUUGUGACUCACCAAAUCUACGCUAACUACAGCAUCUGCAACCAAAGGACCAACUAUGUGGUUGAUACAUUUGCAAAGAACCUUCUAGCCUCUAUGCCACAGGAUGCAAUUAUCUUACUCAGAGGAGAUUUGCCAGGGAACUCUCUCCGUUACAUGCACUACUGCGAGGGGCUGAGACCCGAUAUUUCACUAGUAGAUCAGGAAAUGAUGACUUAUGAGUGGUAUUUACCCAAGAUGGCAAGGCAUUUGCCAGGUGUCAACUUCCCUGGGAACCGGUGGAAUCCUGUGGGAGGAAUAUUGCCUGGCGGGAUGGUCACGUUUAAUCUUUAUCAUUUUCUUGAAACAAACAAACGAAAAGAAACAUUUGUUUGCAUAGGAAUCCAUGAAGGGGACCCCAGCUGGAAAAAGAACUAUUCACUUUGGCCAUGGGGCUCUUGUGACAAAUUAGUUCCUUCAGAGAUCGUAUUCCACCCUGAGGACUGGAUUAAACGUACAAGAGCCAUCUACAACUGGACGGAAGACUAUGGCCGGUUUGAUCCAUCUUCUUGGGAAUCUGUGGCCAAUGAAGAAAUGUGGCAAGCAAGGAUGAAAACCGCCUUCUUCAUCUUCCACCUGGCUGAAACCGCCAUGCCGUCAGAUGUGAAAGCUCAACUCUACACGCAUGCGUACAACCUUUAUAAGGAGAUUGUCUAUUUACAAAAGGAACACCCCGUGAACUGGCACAAGAACUAUGCCAUCGCCUGCGAGCGGAUGCUGCGCCUCGGGGCCCGCGCGGCCGACGCCGAGGGCCUGCUCUCGGAGACCAUCAGGCACUUCCGCCUGUACACCCAGAGGGCGCCCAGCGACCCCCAGCUGGCGGACAUCGCAGAUGCGCUGCGGCACCUCCGCCGAGAGCUGCAGAGCCUGAGAACUACGGAAAGCAAAGCCUGAGACGCCAAACGAAGUCUUCCUCUUCGUACCGUCCGAAAGGUUUUCUGCCAAGACCAGCAGCCUUGUACCAGUAGUCAUCUCCCAGUUAUCCGUACCGCGGGGCGGCAGGACUGGCUCUUGAAGCGGUUAGUGGUGCAGUUUGCUGCUUCCACGCGAUGCCCUUCGUUCAUCCCCUGGCACCACAGUAGCACUGCGGUGAGGGCCUUUGGGAACAAAAGCUUCCUCCUCCUACCGUCGUUCCCCAAAUGGCAACGCUUGUUUGGGUUCUAGGAGAGAACGCACUACUUCCCCAUCCUUACAAAUAUCCACCCUGGAUCUUUAAAGGGCCUUGCUUGGUGGGAAGCACAUUCUCAUAAAAUAUUAUUACCAGACCAACAACAUUGUCUUUUCCCCGCAAAAGACAUCAUUUUUAAAAAGAGUGACGCCCCGCUGUGCUUCAAGUUUGAGUAUGGUAUUUUGGUGGUGUUUUGAUUUGCUUUGGUGCAGUUGUAACCACGGUUGUUACGGAAUGCCACGUGUUCAGCUAAACGCCAACUGGGGAAUCGUAUGAAAAAACAGUUGGGGUUUCAUUGUUUCCGAUCCUUCUCUGAAAUUACCAAAAAGAAGGGAAAAGCUCAUUUGAUGUUCGCUGAUGUUGCAUGAUUCCUGUCAGGGGGAAUUUUUGUGCUUUCUUCGUUAGUUUUACAUUUAUGUUUUACUUCUAGUUCGACGCAUAGGCUGCUGGCCCAAUAAUUAGUAGGCUCCUCCUGGCAAAGCUUUAAAAAGAGAGAGAGAGAGAAGAGGAGGAGGAAGGCGGGGACUGGGCAUGAGGAAGUGGUUCAAUACAUCCAUUUCUGCUACAAGCAUCUUUUAUACAUAUUACUAAAGAGCACAUAGUACGAAAUGCAAAUAAUGGUCCUUUAUUUUAUUAUGACAGUUAAUUAAUAGCAACCUGUUUUAAUGAAUAAAGUCACUCAGAGUCCUUCAGCACUUCCUAAGUAGAGGCCAGAAUCUGUAGGGAUUCUUUUCCCGCAAUUGUAUAGCUCCCAGACUCCGAGCACUAUAUAGGCCCCUGUAUAGAAAUGCUCACUAAUGAAGAGGGAGGGCUAGAAGCUUGUCUGCAUUCAAAGAUCACUGGUGAGUCAUUCAGCAAGAAAAGGCCCCUGACCAGGAACAGUCACAGUUCCGUGGCAUUGUGCUAGCCAAAGGGGCUGAUCAAAGGUCUCCCGCGGAGCUUGCAUGGUUCCCUUUCAGACGACGACCAUAAUUAAAACCACUAAUUCUCUUUUAAAAUGCUGCAGGAUGCCAUGUAGGCAUCUGUCUGGAGUGUCCUUUGUGAUGUCAUAAGCUGUUAAGGACCAGCACCGAGGGCUUUUGAGGGAAAUGCCAGUCAUGAAGGUGCUUCAAGACAAGGGUGCCCCGGCAAGCUUGACAGGGCCUGGCCUGCACAAUCCGAGCUGCAUUGGCCCCUUGUCAGCUGCCAGUAAAUAAAUCUCAAAGGGGGAAAAGCUGAAGUUUCAUUACCUGAUCCAUGGGGCUUUGUUGGUUUUGGCAUCACACAGGGGAAGCUCUCGCCCCUCCAUUCUCUGGGUUUGAAGAUGUCCAUUGGAGCCUGCAGGGCCUGGACAGGGUUCAGAGCGGAACCUUUUGAAGAGUGUCAAUAGUUGUAACAGUUCAGCUGUUAGAAAGACAAAUAAAUGGAGGAGCUCAUUAAUCCGCUUUUGGCUCUCGGUGCCUUUUGCCCUUUUAUCACAGCCUUAUUAGGCUCCUACUCAUCUUGAACCAGGGGGAGAAAAUGAAUUGAAGUUGGGGAGUACUAAUUGGCAAAGACUUUGAAUCACGGGCCAAGAACUUUCACUGACUUGAAAGUCACUUCUCCACAGGGAAGAACCGAAAACCUGGUUUACCGUAAAACAAAAACUUGUUGGCGUCGGGGUGGGGUGGCGAUGUCAGGAGGCGUCGGGAAAACAUCUGAGCAUACCCAGUGGAAAGAAACCGUGGAGGGUUAGGAUUUCUCACUUUUCUGAAAAAGAAGAUAACUGGGAAAUGAGAUAUUCAGAGUAAACUUCCCCCCCCCCUCCCCCAUGCAAUGUUCUUAUUGGUCUGGAGAGGAAAUGAACAUGUUUGCUUCUGAAUGACAGGAUCGCAGCGAGAUGAACAUGGGUGAAGCAGCCAUGGCCCUCAGUGAAACAAGUAGCUCUCUGCAUCGGUAGUGUCGGCGGUAGGGGAACACUCCGUGUGUCUGCAGACACAGGCGAUAUGUAAGGAGCCUUUCCCAAGCCGCAUUUCCUAGUCAUUCGCUUAAGGGUAGUGAGUGAAGGCCCCGGUUGAGAUGGCCUGUGCUUGAGUUUUGUGCCUGUCCCAUGGAGCGAGAAAUGGGGAGCUUCAAAAAUCCCAUGAUCUUUUCAUUCCAUUUUUCCACCAACAUUUUGAAUCCCCCUCACUGAAUACGCUUUAGGGAUUGAUUAUGGUCAUGCGAUGAUUCCGUCUUUGCACGACGUCUCUCUUUGGAAAAACAAUGAAUGGUAUGUUGGCCAAAGGUAGUGAGAGCAUCCAUGUUUAAAGGUCUGAAGCCUGCUGGUACAGGGAAAAAGAGUAGCCUGUGCUGAGUCCUAGGGUGCUGGGAUCAGCCACUUAAAAACACUCCUCUGCCUUCCUGUGGUGUGAGGUUCAACAAGUCCCUCUCUCAUGCCUUCUCUCCCUCUCCUUGGCUAGUUCACAAACACCGUGAAAUCUGACAGAAGGGGUUGCCUUUAGUCUAAACCCCCCCCCCCCCAACCCAGACAUCGGAGUGCAUGUGAAGGAGGUGGCCUCUCAUCCAGGAUUUGGCCAGCAUUCUCUGAGCACUGUCCCAGGAUUGGGAUGGAUUGGCAGGGUGACAAGAACCCCACAAAGCCAACUUCUGCCUAGACUUUGGCCUGAGGAGCAAGUGGGAGCCAGCAAAACUGUCUGCCUUCCCACAUGCUUGAGUGCCCUGCUGCCCUGGCACCAAGGCUGGCAUCCACAGAGGGUGAGUGGAGAGGGCUUCGCAGCUUCCAUGUGGUCUGGCUACAGAGUGUACACGGUUCCCUGUCCCUGUGCCCGCUGAUGAAGCUGUUUGCCUCUUAGGAGCCACUUGGUUUUUUGCUUUGUAGUUUGACUUGUUUGUUUGUUUGUUUUCUAAUGUUUAUUUUUCUAAUGUUUAUAUUCGGAUACUCAAAAUGUAGCCCAAAUCAAAGGCAGUCCACUACUAGUGAGCUAUUUUGAAAUCUUCCAAUGGAAUUGUAAAAUACUACUCAUGUCCAGAAUGCGCAUAAUUUUUGAUGAUGGAAUUACGCUAGUUAGCCUUUAGCAUAGUUAAUAGAGAGCUUAUAGUUAAUAGAUAGUAGAUAUUAAAAUAAAGCUCAUUUAAAAUGUUAGGGCUCUUUUAAGAUACUGUUUUUGUUAUCAGGCUAGGGAGAGUAGCUUGUGUAGUUUAUAUUUUGAAAGUUAAACAAUGUGAAUUGUUACCACCAAAAUCCCUCCUUGUUUAAAAAAAUUAAUUUUUAUAUUCAGGGAAAAAAAUUAUUUUAACUUCACAGAUAUGGGGGGGUGGAAAGAAUCUUAUUGCAGCAAAUCCCCUUACGCUGCUGGACUUUGGUUAUAUUUUACAAAUGCACCCAAGUCGGGGAGGCAUAUUUGAAAUCAAGUUGGCACCACAUCCUACAGUUACAUAAAGAAAAAUGCUCCAACCCAGUGGGAAAGUCACAUUGCUUUGUUCAUCCUCAAGUGUGUGUGUGUGUGUUUAUGAGCCUCUACUCAUCAACAAAUACAUAAUGUUACCAGGGAUUCUGGAAGCAUCUAAAGGCCAAGAUCUCGGCACAACAUUACAGUGCAAACAAGGAACUAAAGCUUUCGCAGGGCUCAUAUUCAAUGAAGACGUCAUUGUCAGUACCCGCUAACGGUCUGUGUGGUUUGGAGCACCACGGAUGGUGUGCAAAGACAGUAGAGUAUGCUCACUUGGAUCUAGCAAAGUAAACUAGUAGGAAUAUAUCUUGUGUAAGAAGUGGUUUGUUUGUUUUUUCUGGAAAAAAUCUUGAUUGCUUUUCAAUAAAGUACUAUGUAUUUUGUGGAAAUUUAUGGAAUGGAAUGAAAUAGUACAUGAUGCCAUGCUACAAAAACGUGAAGGUAGACAGGGACAGAUUGACAGGUAAAGGUUCCAAACCUAUGCCUAUGAAGCCAGCGACUGGUACCCUGUAAAUAAAAUGGUUUGUAUCUUU